UUGGAGACAGAACUAAUUAACCACUAUAGGAGGAGCGGUUGUUAACGCAGAGAAGACGCGUAUGUUCUCAAAACAGUGUUUUUUUUAUAGUUAAAACCCAACAUUUAGUGGAUCUACUGGCCCCGAUUGACAUAGAAAGAACAAGACAGGAUGUUUCGCUUCCGGCUGCUUCCCGCUGCCUCGGUGGGGCUGGCCAUUGUGUCCCGACGUUAUCACGGCUUUGCCAACCCCGUCCCCAGGCGCCGGAGACUGAUGAUGGCCGCGCUAGUUGGAGUGACCGCUGCCUCAGCCAGCACUGGACUGAUGUGGAAAAGAGCUAACGCGGAGGCGGCCUCCUCGGUGAAGCACGCCCCCAGGGCAGAGCGCAGUGACCCGUUGGAGGAGGAGCCUGUGAAGGGGGAGGAGUUAGAUGAUGACAAGGCGAUGGAAUCAAGCGGAGAGGAGGGGCAGCCUGAGGGGAAAAAGAAGAAACCGCGAUCUGGUUUCAGGGAUCGCAAGGUAAUGGAAUACGAGAACCGUAUCCGCGCCUACUCCACUCCUGAUAAGAUCUUCCGGUACUUCGCCACGCUGAAGAUCAUCAGCGAGCACGGAGAUUCGGAGGUCUAUAUGACCCCCCAGGAUUUUGUCCGGUCAAUCACGCCCAAUGAAAAACAACCAGAGAAUCUUGGUCUGGAUCAGUUCUUGGUGAAGAGAUACGAUGGCAAGGAGUUUUGGCAGCACACAGAGAAGCUUUCCCAGGAGCGAGAGAAGUUUGCGGACGAGGACAGUAUAUUUCACAGUCUGGGCGAGUGCGGGCUCAUCUCCUUUGCAGAUUACAUAUUCCUCACCACCGUUCUCUCCACUCCUCAAAGGAAUUUUGAAAUCGCCUUCAAGAUGUUUGAUCUGAACGGAGAUGGGGAAGUAGACAUGGAGGAGUUUGAACAGGUGCAGAGCAUCAUUCGCUCGCAGACCAGCAUGGGCAUGAGGCACCGGGACCGCUCCACCACAGGAAACACCCUCAAAAUGGCCUUCAGCUCCGCCCUCACCACCUACUUCUUCGGGGCGGAGCUCAAGGGCAAGCUGACCAUCAAGAACUUCCUGGAGUUCCAGCGCAGACUGCAGCACGACGUCCUGAAACUGGAGUUUGAGCGCAAUGACCCAGUAGAUGGUCGAAUCACAGAGCGCCAAUUUGGCAGAAUGCUGCUGGCCUACAGCGGAGUCCAGUCCCGCAAACUCACAGUGAUGCUGAAAAACCUCAAGAAGCAGUUCAAAGACGGGCCGGGAAUAACAUUUGAUGAGGUGGAGAAUUUCUUUACCUUCUUGAAGAAUGUGAACGAUGUGGACACAGCUCUGAGUUUUUACCACAUGGCUGGAGCCUCCAUUGAUAAAGCGACGAUGAAGCAGGUCGCCAGAACUGUGGCGAAGGUGGAGUUGUCUGACCAUGUCUGUGACGUUGUCUUUGCACUGUUUGACUGUGAUGGCAACGGAGAGCUGAGCAACAAGGAGUUCAUCUCCAUCAUGAAGCAGCGGCUGAUGCGCGGUCUGGAAAAACCCAAAGACAUGGGCUUCACGCGGCUCGUGAGAGCCAUGUUCAAGUGCGCGCAGGAGACUGCCUGGGACUUCACCAUGCCCAAGCAGCAGUAGAGAGGACAGGAGAGAGGAGGAACCAAACCAAAGGACUUGGGGUGGGGGGGGGGGGGGGUUAUGGGAGGUCCCAUUCAGCAAGAUGGGGAGGGUUUUUAUAUUAAACGUUUUUUUUUUUUUUUCGGUCAUUUGAAUUCUUGUUAAAUAAUAAAGCCAUACAAUGCAUCUUAAUUUCCGUUCUCCUGGGAGAAAAGAAAAAGGUAAAAGCUAGAAAAGGGUUUCAAGGGUGUAGCUAAAAAUACAGGAGCAGGGAAAAAGCUUUUCUUUUUUUAGAAAAUUCCUGGAUAUUGUAAUAACGCAAACAAAAAAGUAUUGAUACUGCCUUUCAAUCCACAGACCUCUUGCUGUUUUUUAACUACAUCCCAGCCUUGUGCAUUAAUUAUAUAUAUAAUAUUAAAAAAAAAAAAAAAAAGUUUUUUGCUGAAGCUUGCUUAUAAUUGAGCAGUUGUUUUGCUUUUGUGUAUUUUAAUGUACUCUGCUAAAGCGAAUGUCAUUUUAAAAUAAGGCUUUGGCA